AUGACGAUUCAAAUGUAUCGUUGUCCUUUAAGAAUCAAUCUUUCUUUAGCAGCUAGUUCUUAUGCGACUAUAGUAUUAAGAGAAUUACAUUGCAAGCAUCAAAAUGUGAUUCGUACUCGUCACUUAAAUUCAUCUAUUUCAUCUAAAAACUUUUCAAGGAAACGUGAUAUUAAAGAAUUAGAAAUCAACGAUCAAGAAAAUAGAAAACACGUUAAAGUAGGGGAUAGUUUAAUUUCGAAACCUUUAAAUAUAGACUUUGCAGAAUGA